CCCAGCGGCGUUGCUGGGAGGGAGCGCAGCUGGGCAUCUGCCGGAGGAGGCGGGAUGGAGGCGGGAGGAGCAUCCCGUGUAGACCACUCCGCCUGAACCCUUGCCUCCGGUACAGGGCGAGGAUGAGACCGGCGGCACGUCCGCACCGUCGUCUUCGGAGGAGGAGGCUUCAAACUUUCCAAAGAAAAGACCAAGAAGUCAAUCAACUUUCAAAGAAGAGGCAGACACCGCUGGGUUGAUACACAGUGAAGAAAGAUGGGAAAUUUCAAAGGUCAUGCACUUCCUGGCAGUUUUUUCCUUCUCUUUGGUUUGUGGUGGUCUGUGAAGUAUCCAUUAAAGUACCUUUCUCGGAGAAAAAAGAACACUUCUUCCAUUGGCUCCAAAGCAGGAUUUCAACGCUUAGAAUUUACUGAGGGCAUCAUCAAAGCUGCCUUUGCUCUCAUCGGUAUGGUAGCAGAGCAGUUUGUUCCUGAUGGACCUCAUUUGAAACUGUAUAAUUAUGAAAGGAAACAGUGGGAUCACCUCAUGAACUGGCAGCAUGCAACCAUGUAUCUUUUCUAUGGCAUCUCAGGACUGGUAGACAUUGUAGCUCAUGGUACUAAUGCUCUGCCAGUAGCCAUGGACAGAAUGAUGCUUUCACUUGCUGUAGCUGUAGAAGGUUUUCUCUUUUAUUUUCACAUCCAUGGACGUGCUAUGCUAGAUCUCCAUGUCCAUCAGUUGCUUUUAGUCGCCAUUUUUGGAGCAGCCAUCUGUGUCUUCCUGGAAAUCUUCUUCCGUGGCAUCAUUGUCCUUGAGAUGUUCCGGACAAGUCUGUGCAUACUGCAAGGGAGCUGGUUUUGGCAGAUUGGAUUUGUACUUUAUCCUCCAAGUGGGAGUCCUGAAUGGAACCAAAUGGAUCAUAACAAUAUAAUGUUCCUCACCAUGUGCUACUGCUGGCAUUAUGCAUUUGCACUUCUUAUAAUGGCAGUGAAUUAUUCUAUAGUCAGCUGGAUAGUCCGUUCCAAAAUGAAACAAGCCCCAACCAUGGAAAUCGGAUUACUGAAGACAUCCGAGCGGGACCAGGAGUCAGAAGAUGAGAUCUAGUUUAGUAUAAACAUUUCCUAAUGGUUUAUUUACUCUGUUUCUUCCACCUCUGACCUGUAAUGGUUUUGUUUACUAUAUCAUGUAGGCUUGUACAAUCUGUGCAUCUAGACAUUAAUUUAUGAACCUUCCCUUAGUGCAUUGUUUAUCCUAUGCUUGAAGCAGAAAGAGAACAUUUUACUAUUGAACAGGCUGGCGGUGACAUUGGCAAGUGAAAAUCAAUCCAGGACAUUAAUAGGUUUACCCUUUCAUUGCACUUGGGUAAACUGGGAAAUUUCCAUACAUGACAUUAAACAAACAAACAAAGAAAACCCUCCUGUUACAGAAGAUGGGUUGUACACAUUCUAGGAUGAAACAAAUUGUACAUCUCUAUUUUUAAGUAUGAAAAAAUAUCAAACACCAAAGGUAGGUGUGCUGCAAAUGUAUAGCAGUUUGCAUUUAAAAUUGUAUUAUUUUUCUUAUUAUUAUUAACCAUAAAUAUUAUUUAUUGUCAAGUAUGUUCUAACUGCAACAAAGGAUAUGAGAAGCCAGCAUCGAAGCAUUUAUCAUUAGUAUUCUGCAAAUGACAUCACAGAAUGGCUGGAUAACUAUAGAUUACAUUGAACUUUAUACUGACUUUCAACUGAGUCAGUUUGUCUUAUUGCAUUUUGAGAUAUGUGCCAAUAUUUAAUUGCACUACUGUUUUAUUUCAAGAUAAUUGUGUGGUGCCCAGAGAACCUGUUUUAUAGGUAUCUUAUAAACACAGGCAUUUAUUAUUUUUACAGAAAAAGGGUUUUGCAUGAGACUUGUAUAUUUUAGAUGGCUUCAACUCUGACUCCAUUCAGUAUGCAAUUGAUUUGGGUUAGGCUACUUGGCCAUGAAACUUGUCCAAGUCUUCGAUAAGGUAUUAAGUCUCAGCCUAACGUAACUCACACGAUUGUUGUAGGGAUAAAAUUGUUAUUGUCCUGCAUUUUUUGAUGUACAGAUGAGAUACAGAUGUGUGGUACACCUUCUGCUUUUUAAAAAAUUAUCAGUUCAUCAAAUUGCUAUUGAAUUCAGGAACAGAAUAUACAUAUAUGUCAGUCAGGUGAAUGAGAAAGCAUCAGAAAUGUGUAUUGAAUCUAUGAAGAUCAUUGUUGAGACACAUUUGAGUACUCACUAUGAAAGUAGAUACAAGUUCCACAUUUAAAGGAAAGAAAAUUAAAAAAAGGAGGACACAGAUAUAAAAUCCCAUAAAUCAAUGUAUAUAGAGAUGGAAAAUUGGCCAGUAUUCUACAUCAGUUACUUAGGUUCCUUCUACUGCCCUCUAUCCCAGGAUCUGAUCUCACAUUAUUUGCUUAACCCACAUUAUAUGGCAGUGGAGAUUCAUAUAAUCCAGUUCAAAGUAGAUAAUCUGGGAUCAGAUCCUGGGAUAUAGGGCAGUGUCGAUCCAGCCUAACUGUUAAUAGGCAACUUCAAGAACCCUAGUCUCUGUUCUUCUGGAUCUUGAUCAUGUCCCUUUAAACCAGUGGUUCUCAACCUGUAAGUCCCCAGGUGUUUUGGCCUACAUCUCCCAGAAAUCCCAGCCAGUUUAUCAGCUGUUAGGAUUUCUGGGAGUUGAAGGCCAAGACAUCUGGGGACCAACAGCUUGAGAACCACUGCUUUAAACAGAACACCUUUCAAAGAGUGUCCUUCAAGUGGAAUAGUGUCCUUUAUUUCUUAGGAUACAUGUCCACUGAUCUGAAGGGUGGAAGAUGUUUAUACUUGAGGUAUCUGACUAUCUGUGAUGAUUGAAUUUGGCAUUAGAAUCAUGUGUCUGCUUAUUGGGGAAGCACCAUUUGGAAGUGUCCAUAUUUGUUAUUAUGAAUCUAUACUCAGGAAAGACCAUAAAUGUAUUGUGUGCCUUUAGCUUUAAUAUCACUAAGUGUAUUCUCAGGUAAGACUAUCUAGUUUUUGACAUGAGAUGGCAAGGAUGCUAACAAAUUUCACAUUAUGUAUGUGAGCUUUGAUCAGGGACUUUAGCUUUGGAAAAACUCCUCUGCCAUUAGAUGUAUGCUGAAUAUCAAAAGGUCAUACUCAUUGCUAUUUGAUGCGCACUUUCCAUGCACACAGACUUCUCGUCAUAACCAAAAGAAGAAGCCCUUCAACAAAUCAAUCAGAAAUGUGUUGGACUCGUGCAACCAUUUUAAAAUGUUGAAUAGUUGUUUGCUUUCAAAGGUACUCAUUUUAUUAUUGUAUGUGGAAAUAAAGUAAUUCUAGUUUUCUUUCAAACUCA